AUGUCUACGACCUCGCCGCCGCCGCCUCCGCCGAAACGAAAGGUCCCCUACCACCACCACCAUGUCCUCCAUCACAAGCCUCAGUCGGUGCCGCCGACCGAAGCGGCGAUCCUGGAACAAGCGGUUGUCGACAAAUUCCUGAUCGACUGUGUCAAGACAAUAUGCGAAGAGGAGGCUGUGAAACAGGGAAUUACAAAUCCCUACAUCGAGUCGGUCGCGUUGGAAGAGCUGCUCGCCGCAUUGGAAGAAUUCGUGCUCAGAUUCCUCUCUCGAGUUCGACGGUCGAUGCAGGCAGCGCGCCGAACCGUCCCUAUAGCCACCGACUUCGAAACCGCCAUUGAUGUCCUUGAAGUGCCCCGACCAGACGACCAACUCGGACCUUACAAAACAGAACCCCAAAUCAACCCUCCUUUACUACCCACUCCGCCACCGGAAGAUGAGUUCCACAAUACGGUCGAGCUUCCACCGUCGUUCCUCGGGCCCGAGCUGGACGGACACGGCCAAGUCGCCAGAUACGCCUUCAACACUGCCGUUCUACCGGAACUGCCCUCUGCGCACACCUAUAAACACACUCCAGUAUACCCGUACCGAGAGACCGACACCAGGAAGAUCAGAGAGCUGGCGACGCAGGAGGGCAAGCUGGGUGAACAGGCUCUGCGCAAGUUGGCCGGCGCGGUGAAGUUAGAUGCAGCGCAUCCGCUCGAGUCGGAAUCAGCCAAGCAGAAACCCAAAGUCCUGCAACAGAGAAGGGGCCGCAAGGGCAUCCGGAUAUCAGAACAGGCCAUUUUCGAGGAGACCGUGCGGGACUUGUUAGCUCACGAGCCCGGUGGCUUUGAAUUGGGUCCGAUUGUGAAUUGCGAAAAGGCAUACCGCAUGCCCGAUGACACACACGCGAAGAGACUCGCGCCGGCUCUUGGCCCAGCUUCGGCCGGCCUUGAAAAGCACACCAGUGCGGCGUUAAGUGGCACAGAUGUGAUGGAGGUUUGA